AUGGACUCACUCGACGAACCUAUUCAUGUCAUUAUCCGGCUCCCUUACCCGCGACCUGAGGGCUUUGUCGACUCGCAGCCUGUAAGAAGGAGCAACAAUCUUUCUGAUGACAUUCGCGUCUGGGAGAAUGGAAGGAAACUCGACUACGAUAGAUCCUCGACGGUGUCAUCAGUCUCGACGCCGUAUUCACAAAGUAACAGCGCAUCGCAGAUUUUCGAGGAAACAUCAUUCUUCAACCAGCUCUCGUCGAACGAUUCUCUUUCACGAGAACAACAUCAACAACAGCUGCGUGCGGAUCAAUUGAAUCGGGAAGGCGAAUAUCAGUCGUCCUCGCUCUUUGGGCAGAAUCAAAGUAGAUAUGGCCUCGGGUUCAUUGACAACAACCCGACGUCAUCUCUGAACUACCAUCAUUCAGAACGUGGCAUCAAUCGCGACGAUGAUGACGAUACUGACGGAGAUCACACGGACAAGGAUGAUGAUGGGUCAAGUCAGGAUGAAUCUGGACCAUUGAGAGAACAGAUCAAGCAACUUCAAUUGGAGGAUGUGCUGGCGUUCUUGCCUGUUGGUGGGGCAUCUGCCUCGGGGAUGCUGCAGAGGCCAGCCGAUGAUGAGUACCAGAGGAGAACCGCCUCAGGAGACAAAAUGCCGUUUCAGCUGGAUGACGAGUUGGCGAAUCUGGGAACCAAGUCUCUUGAGGAGAUAUUGGGGCACGAUGGUGGAGAUGAGGAUGAUGGAGAUAGAGUAAAAGGCAUUCGGUUCAAGGACACUAUGGCGCCCAGUGACUCGCCGGCGAAGAUCAGGAUAAGCCCGGAGCGCUCAGGACCCAAUUCUCAAAAGUCAAGCGCCCACAACUCUGUCGGUUCAUCAUUCAGUGAUCUAUCGGAUUCUUCUGUUACCCAAUCGGCCAUGGAAGAUGCUUACUUGUCGGGAUACAACAACUCAAAGAUGCUCUCACUGCAUCAGACCAUGAGCAACAACAAUACUCCAUUCACUUUCCACAGCCACUUUGACUCGCUCUCAUUACAGAAUCAGUUGCCAGCAUCUGCAAGCGUCUUCCAGGGCAAUAGCCAAUACGGCGCGGGAACAGAGUCUGGAGGAGGAGGAGGAGGGUCGCGCAAACGUAAGAGCUCUUAUGAGGAUAUCUCUCCCCUGGUCAUGAAGACCCGUUCAGGGAUUGGUCUCGAGGAGGAAAUUGUCUAUGAUCGCACGGUGACUAUGAUGAUGGCAGGACAGAGGCGGAUACUGGAGGAACAAAGGCAACGGGAACAUCAGCUGGCCUUGCAGCAGCAGCAACACCUUCAACAACAACAACAGCAGCAGCAACAACAGCAGCAACCCCUUCAACUUCAUCAGCAACAGCAACAAUUAUCAUCACAAAGAGGCAGCGCAGCGGACGCACUCCGUCGUCUCUUUAUGGUCGGGAAGAAUCAACCUCAGGAACAACAACCACAACAUACACAGCCUCAGAUUCAACCUGAAGCGUCACAGCUGUCGUUUGCAAACUGUGCGGGCGAGAUCAAUGGGUGUGAGGUGAACAGGAUUCCCGGGAUGCGGGAUCGAUACCAGGCAAUGAUCCGACCCUGUACGUUCUGUGGUCGACCCGAGUGCCAGUUCUGUGCAGUGAAUUGCGCUUCCUGCGAGGAGAUGUCAUGCCGUGCCUGCAGUGUCCUCAGCUACGAGAAGUCUGAUGUGGAGUUCUUUUGCCCAAACUGUCGCGAAUAG